AUGUUGCUCACCGCCUGGGUCUGUUCAUGCGAUUUGGUGUAUCCACUCUUCCUCCCAACCGCUCCAUCCAAUGCCCCAUUCUCAUCUACACACCCAUCAGAUACUAGCUCCCAUGUGGAAGCCCAAGACGGUGUCGAUGAAGAAGGAAGGGGAGGAGAAGAAGAAGAAGAAAAGGAGGAGGAGGAGGAGGAGGAGGAGGAGGGGAAAGUGGAUGAUGAUAAAGUGGUCGAAGAAGAUGAAUAUGUAGAAGAAGCUAAUAAUGAUGAUGAUGAUGGUGAUGAGGAUGAGGGUGGUGCAGGUGGUGGUGGUGGCGGUGGUGGAGGUGGUGGUGGUGAAGAAGAAGAAGAAGAAGAAUAG